AUAAUGGAAUUUCACUCUUAGGAGAAUUGUUAAAUUACUACAGUAAAAUGGCUGUAUCAAAAAUAGAUCUUGCUGCAGUAUUGGAAUGCAAGAUCUGCUUAGACACUUUUCAUAAACCGAAGCAUCUUAUUUGUGGGCACACCUAUUGCCGAGACUGUUUAGAUAGCAUUCUUGAUUUUGGUGAAGACGGAAGUGCUGAAUUGGCUUGCCCAUUAAGAUGUGCUAAGAAGACAGUAAUAGAUCAGCAUGAAACAACUUCUUCAUUGAUAAAUACGUAUACAUUGACCGACCUUUUAGAUCAAAUGUCAUCUGGUGAAAAUGUUAAAUCUUUAUGUCAGCAAAGUAAAGAAUGCAAAAAAAGUAUCAGCCACUCCUGUACAACAUGCAGUGUAAAGAUAUGUGACGGAUGUCAAAAUCUACAUUCUUGUACCAACAAAUCUUUUACCAAUGUCAUUUUUAAUGAAAAAUUGCAAAAACUCCAACCAUUGUGUAAACAACACAACUCAAUUGCAAAAUUUGUCUGUAUUGACUGUGAAAAUCUGUUUACCUGUGUGUAUUGCACACACAGACAACAUAAGAAUCACAGAAUCAAAUCGAUAGAUGAAUUUGGUGUGGAAGCCAAAAAGUGGUUCCAAUCGUUCAUCACUUCUUUCGAUGAAACAAAAAUGGUGUUGGAAAAGUUAACAAGGAAAUACGGUGACGCUCUGAAAAAUUGUAAGAAAGAAAGAGCAGUACUUGCUCUUAAGUUAAAAGAAAGAAAGUUGAAAAGACUAGAAGAGUAUCUUAAAAUGUUAAAUAAAGAAGAAGAAGAUCUAUUGAAAUCAUUUGAUGAGAAAUCUGAAGAAUUUAAAGCAAAAUUAAUUUGUACUGGUUUUGUUGACAAUAACAUAGUACAAGAAUUUACAGAUUACGUUCAAAUUUUCAAUUUAAAAUCUCAUUUUGAGUUGGUUGCUGAAAAGCUGGAAAUUGAACGACAACUCCGCGGUCUAUCCUCUUUUCAAAAAACUAUCCCAACAUUCAAUUCACACCUUCAUCAAAUGAACAAAGCAGAUUUUUCGACAAAUCCGUUGGGCGAAAUGAAAAUUUCAAUUAAUGAUGUCACCACUGUUGGUAUAGAUCCUAGUGAAUGUUCUAUUUAUAAAAACUUGAUUGAUGAGUGUGAAACCCGACCCGAAUAUUCACAAUUAACAACUGAUUUAAUGAACUUAGUUGAAAGUUUGAAAGAGUACGAGAAACCAACUGCUAAUGCAGAUCAUGUUUUCACAAAAGAUUUAAAAAGCAAUAUGAUGUCAAAAAGUUACCAGACUGCUGAGAUGUGUUAUUCUUUCAAAGAAAUUGUUGAAAUCAUUAAAGAUGGUGAUCACAAGAAAUUUCAAGAAAUUCUUAUUGAACAUCCAAACAUCGUUGAAAUGAGAAUUGAUAAUAAAAGCACACUGUUGAUACAAGCUGCAUGUUACAACAAUCCAUUAAUAGUGAAAUAUUUAAUUGAUGCUGGUAGUGAUGUGUAUGCUGUGAAUAAAUAUAAAUGGAAUGCAUAUCACUGCAAUGCAUUUUAUGGUCAUCAUGAUGCUUUAAAUGUUUUAAUUAAUCAUGACGUGACAAAUAUAAACAACGUAGAAAAGUAUAAUUACACACCCUUACAUUUUGCAUCUUGUCGUGGUCAUAUCGAAUGUGUGAAGUUGUUGUUGUCUGUACCACAUAUCGAUGUAAACAUACGAAACAAUAGUGGUAAAAAUGCUUAUGAUGUUGCUGAAGAUGACACUAUCAAACGUUUAUUACAAGAACAUUGAAUGAAUAAUAACUAACUAAUAAAUUACUUUUUUAUUUUCUUACACAAUUUUAAGUCGUGUUUACACAUUGUUUUAUAUAAGAAUCUAGUUUUAAGAACAUUUCCGGUGAGAGUUGUUCAACCAUUAAAAGCACCUUAAGAACAAGUCGAAACUUAUUAAAUUUUUUAAGCUACGUUAAGUUAGAAAAGUUUUUUAACAUAUUUUGAAAAAAACGUACAGUGUUGAUAGAAGCUGCAAGUUAUUACUAUCCGAAAUAUUCUAUCUAAAGGAACUGAUUGAUAAAGAAAUUGUUUGCGGAAAAUAUAGCAGAAUUUUCAAACAGAAUCACAAAAGUUGCAUAAAUAUAUAUGUAUAAAUUUAAAAUUGGACACAAUUUUUUUUGAAAUUGUGAAAUUAAAGAUUUGUAAUAAUUAACAUCAAUCAGCUGUUUCUUUACUUACAUCCUAUUUCUAGUAUUUCCAUCGUGUAACGUAACUUUAUAUUGAAUUUACAGGACAUUUUGGAAGUAAACUGGAAAAGUAGAAAAUGCGAAAAAAAAAUAGCACAUUUCCUUCAGUUAAAAAAAUAAUCAUUUGUCCAUAUAAGCCAAAAAUGCAGACAUUGAUUCCUUGUUAUUUUCUUCAGCAUGCAUUUUGUAGUUAAUUCACUGAUACUUGAGUAUUGAACAUAAUGUGUAUGUUAAUGGAGUUUCUAUCAUUUUGAUUUUAUAUGAAGUUUUGUACGUACUAAUUAGUCAUGUAUUAAAUUUACACUUUAUAUGAGCAAAUUGUAUUUUGAGCUGAUGCUUUCUUCUUGUUGAUCUUAUUUUAUUUUUUAUUUAUCCAUCCUAUAAUUUUUGAACUUAACUUUACUUUUAAAUUGUCUCAUUUUAUGACAGGGCGUUUGCUUGUAACAUUUUUUAUAUGGUUUUUCUGUUGAUAGUAAAUAAUUUUUGAUUGGAUUACAUAUUCUGUAAAAAAAGAUUCGUAUAUGUAAUGGCACGUUUACGAGUGCAAUUAAGAAAUAAUCGAACGAGUUUUUUUUUUUGCUUUUAAUUUUCCGAGUCCGUUAGGACGAGGUUAAAUUUAAAAAGCAAAAAAAUUACGAGUUCGAUUAUUUCCAAUUGCACGAGUAAACAUUCGAUUACAUAUCACACAAUGAACUAUUUUUGUAAGAGUAGCACAGAAUGUCAAAUUCAAUGUUUUGAUUUUUUCAUUAUCGAUUUAUAAUUAGUUCGAUUCAUUGUAAAGAUAUAUUUUUCGACUUAUCAUAAAACGCGAGAAAAUAAAUAUUUAUGGGUAUGAAUCCAAAA